GUUUCCGUGAUCACAAUGUCAAUGGCGUCAACAAAUUUUGACUCAAAUAUUUUUCAUUUAAAAUCAUCAGAUCCAAAAGAUUUAUAUGGCUACCAUACACUUUGAUCAAAUUAUAAUAUGAAAGUUCCUUGAAGAGUUUUGCUGGAAGCUAGGACCUAGGUUAAAGCGUUUUAUUUUGAAACAGAUUAUUACGUAUAAAUUUGAACUACAAUUGAUCCAUGCACGCAAAGCAAGAAUCUUGUAACUGUGCACAUUUUUAUGUGUCUAUAGAACUCGUUAGAGGAACACCUUACAAUUUCACUUCUCUCAGUUGAGCAAACAUGUCUGAAGUAACAGAAUUUAAAUGUUCGAAUUCUGCCAUCACACCUGUACUGAAGCUCGUCUUCGCUAUAGUAUCAGGCAACCUUCGCACUUAUGGCGCUGAGAAACUCCAAGAUGGAGGUCUUGCCGACCAGAAAUUUAGAGGUUGGAUUGUUCGUGAAUUGGAUGACAUCAAGUUUAAACUUGACGCUAAUGCUCGGAAAGAUCUACUCGUGAGUAUUAGCUGUCUAGGAAAAGGUUACGAUCGUCUGCAGUUGCAAGACACAACGAGCGCUGGGGCAAGUUCACUGGCCGAGACGACGACAGCUCAAAAGUUUGUAACUUUGGAUGACGCACUUGCACUUGCCAAUACCGUCGGAAAACUAAAGAUUAAAUCAAAUAAACGAUUUGAGUCUGCUAAAGAAUCGUUCAAAGAGGCAGGUAUGAAAGCAAGCGAAGCAUUUCAUAACGCAUCUUUGAGCACAGAAGAUAGAGUUCUUGCUAGUAAAGUGCGAAUAGCGAGUGCAAUUCUUGAACAAUUAGAUAACCCAGACGUCGCGGCCACUGAUUGUUUGCGGUAUCUUCGAGAACUACAUGCCAUGCCAGCCAUUCAACAAAUAUUUUUAGUGCACCUUCAAGGAGGAAUAAAAUCCUUUUUCAAGAAAGAGACACGAGCCAAUAUUGUGGAGACCAUAACGAUGAUUAAUUUGAUCUUGGCUGAUUUUAUCUCGAAGUUUACACAACGCAGAAUGGCUGUUAUUGACUGGCCAAUGAUAGAAUGUGGCACCCGAGUUGUCCAUCCAAUUCAUUACGACGAACUCAAGAAAUUGCAAGUAAAAUGAAAGAUAUGGGAACAACACUACCCUGGGAUUAUAUGCACGCGUCUAAUAAAUAACAGGGAGUAAUUAUAACAUUAGGAUAAAAGUAUACUUUAUGUGGAAACGUUUGUUCGAAAAAACAAAAUCAAAUGAGUGGUUAUCUCGUUAAAAAAAAGUCGUCUUCGUUGUCUAAUUGUCACUUAGAAUGCGUUUUAAGUAUUAGCAAAAAUCGUAUCAUUUUAAGUAUUAUACAAAUCGUUUCGUUUCCAUAGCUUAAUGAUACAGCCAUUAUUUAUUAACGUUGUCUUCUACAAAAUUAGUCAAAACCAAACGCGAAAAGUACGCUAAACUUUAGCUCUUGGCCUAAUUCUCGUCAAUAUUGCAAUUCAACGGAGUGGCCUAAAUAUAGGUUAUCAUUACAUAUUUUUUAGGCAGAACUGUUGCUGUGAGAAACGUCGCAAUUGUACAUAUAAAAUUGAUAUUCUUAAUGGAUGCCUUUUGUUCUCAGAGAUGUACAGGUUUUUAUUUGGUUAAAUAGCCAUUCAAUUUAUAGAUAACUGGAUCCCGCAUCCUUAUAUGGACGAUAUACAUGUCCAGGGUGUCCCCCAAAAAAGUCCCCCUACAGAAAUCACUCUUUUGUUGUUAAACGUGCGUUGUUAUAUCUCUGGGAAUUUAAAAUCGCUUCUAAAACGAACAGCAACACAAGAAUGUCAAAUUACAAAUUCGUCUUAUGCCGUCAGUUCGAGUAAAGAAUGGUUCAACUGCCUACAAAGCAACGGGUAUUUGUCGUAACAACUUAUACGUUAACGCGAAGUGUAACCGAAGUGUUAAAUUAUUUGGACGAAGGGACGUUGUAAAUACUUCCGCCGUUCAUCAGUACAAUUAAAUUAAAUUCCCAAAGGUAUAAUAACGCACAAGAGGGAUUUCUAAAGGGGAACGUUUUGGGGGGACACCCUGUAUAUUUGUUAGGCACGGUCAAAUCAAUGACAAGAGUUAAUGAGAGUUGAGAAGCAAGAGUUUGCAUUAGAGUUUUCUCAACUCUCAUACCCCGGUGUAACGCGAGAACAAGAAUAGGCAAUUCAAGCUUUUAAUUUUUGCGCGCAGGGGGACGGGAAGUAAGGUAUCAUAUUGCUCAUUAUGCUGAUUCGAUAAAAUAAAAAUUAUAAAAAUUCAAUAAAAACUGCCGAGACAACCGAAAUAUUUCAAUAUUUACAAGUAUGAGCUGUCACUCCGUGUUUACACGGCCGCCAUUUUAUUUUUUCAGCAUGAUCAGCAAUAUGAUACUUUUCCCACCCUCCCCUGCGCGCAUAAAUUAAAAGUUGGCUAUUGCCUGGAGUUUAUGAGAGUUGACAGUCAAGCAUUAUUACGGGGACAUUUCAAGCUCUAGAUUAACAAAAUAAAGGUUUGAUAAGUGUUCCAACUAUGUUUUAACUUAAAUGGAAUACAUGAUAGCGUUGGGAAAGCAUUAAAAUAAAGUGUAUAUGACAUGAAAUUUUUUAAGUGGUAGUGUAACUUAUUUUUCAGUUUCUUGUUUUUAUGGUUUGUUCCCGAGAUAUUUCAAUUUGUUUGAUAUAUAAAUGAGUGUGAAUAUGUCCGCUAAAUUAUAUAUGACGUCAAUUUGGUUGCAAGCUCUUCAAAAUGGUUGAAUAUCACUGCUAUCAUCCAAGAUGAUAAUUUCAAACUUCACUCACUGGAAACACUGGAGAAAAACGUAAACUAAUAUCAACAGUUUUUAGAGUUAAUACAUUUAUAACCGGUGUAAGUUAAUUUUAAGUUUGCAACCAACAUGACGUCAUAAAUUAGCGGACAUAUUCACACUCAUUUACAUAUCAAACAAAUUGAAAUAUCUCGGGAACAAACCAUAAAAACAAGAAACUGAAAAAUAAGUUACACUACAGCUUAAAGAGUUCUUUCAUUUAAGAAAAUAAGAAAUUUCAUGUCAUAUGCACUUUAAGAACAGCUAACCAAGAUCGCGUGAAUUCUGCCAAUUCUUAUGUAACUCUCAUCUUCGUUUGAUCUGUGGACUUUAGCUAGCCGUACUACCACACACAGCAAAGACUCUCAUGAACUCUCAUCGUCAGGCUCUAUUCGUCUAUGCACCCACACCUAAAGAGCCCUGGCAAUAAAACAAUUAGUUUGUCUCAUUCAAACGAACUCUUAAAAUUACAGUAUUAAACUCCAUUACCGAUUUGUCAUAUCUUGCUUAGUUCUCGAAAUAUUUAAAGCGAAAUAAAUGAGCUGCCCGCCGUCUUGGACUAAUUCUUGACCAACCUCGUUCCGGCAGGGUCUCUCCUUCUGUCCUUUGGGAUCCUGGGUACGAGGUUGAUUCUUGACCUCAUUAACUAUAUGGUUUUGAUGACGUCAGGAGUUGGGUUAACCAUAUAAAACUACUCUAAAAUGACCGAGUAACAAUCCAAAAUUGUUUGAAAUGUUUUUAAUCAUUUCUCAAUUUUAGAAUGCAACCAGAAACGAAGUUUUGGGCCCGCAUUGAUCGCUUUUCCCUGCUGGCAGAGGUCUCAAUUUGUGCCAAUCUCGUUCCCCGAGCCUGCAAUCCUCGGGAAGGAACGCGAGGCUCUGGGAUAAUCCGUUUCACGGAGGAAUGUGAUUGGCCGUUGAAAUGGAAUGCGUAGUUCAAUCUUAGCCAGAAUUCCUGGCUUCCGGCAACGGAUUAUCCCAGAGCCUCGCGUUCCUUCCCGAGGAUCGCAGGCUUGGGGAACGAGAUUGUAUUUGUGCUGGUAAGCGAAGGAGAAGAGACCUCUGCCUAAAUCUGACACUUCCUCAGUCCACGAUCGUGGACGAGUCAAACCAGUUUGUAAAACAAGUUCUGAAACCGGUUUAGAGAAACAAAUAGUACGCAUGCUCAGAGCUGAAUUACGCUGUAAUGACAUUGAGCCCAUAGUGUCAAAAUGGCGGCCUGCACAGCGUGGUCAUUUCGAGGUUUUUCAUGUUUGAAAGUGCUCUAAGUUAUGUAAUUGAUAUUUUCAAAGAUGAAACUGUGAAAGCAGUGACAGAAGAACAAAAGAAAGCAAUCUUUUCUGUUUUAUCGGGCCGAGAUACAUUUGUUUGCCUUCAAACUACGGUAAGUCUUUGAAUUACCAAGUUGCUUCCUUCAAAAACCGGUUUGAUAUCACGUGGUGAACAUCAGUCAUUGUCAUGGCAAUUUUUGCACAUGCGCAACCAACCUCGUUCCCAGGCUCUUUCCUCUCCUCAAGAGGGAAGAGCCUGAGAACGAGGUUGAUGCGCGACAGAAAACGUGUCAGAUAAGCCCUGGGAACGAGGAUGAUCUCGGCAGAGGUCGCUUGGGCCUGGGGACGAGGAUGGGCAGAGGUCUCUUCUCCUUCGCUUUCCUGCACAAAUAGAGACCUCUGUCAGCAGGGAAUGAUUGCUUACUCUCAAGAUAAAAAAUUAGCGUGACCCCCCUCUCUUGAGGUAACAUGCAUAUAUAGUCCUCAAUAACCCAAGAUGGCGAACAGCUCACUUUUUUCAGUCGAAAUGUUUUUUGAAAACUAGGCAAGAUAUAAUUAUAAACAAUCUGUAAUAGAGUUUAAUACAUAGUUUUAAGAGUUCUUUCAAAUGAACGAAACUAUUUUUUAUUGCCAAUGUCCUUGAAGGAAGGGAAAACAGUGAUGAUAAACGCAAGCGAGAAUUAACGAUCAUCAUCACAGAAUUAACUCUCAUGCUUCUAUGACCGCAGGCUUUAAUUACUGCUUCAAAAUAUAAACGUGCUAUAUUGGUGCGGAAUAGUUUUGCUUUGUAGACCUACUAAACCUUGGCAAAACUUGCCAUAUUCAUACACACAGACGUAUCAUAUGUUUAGACGAACUCAAGCAAAUUUCUCCGGAGUGGUUGAAUAUCGCGAAUUGUUAUAAGUGCAUGAGUCGCUAAUGUCCGAUACUAUAAAAGCCUAGUUUACACUAUCAAAGUUUCUGUGAUCACAGUAGCAAUUUUGCGUUGGGAAAUUCUAAGUUUUGAAGGUUUUGAAGGAACCGAACUCGGUGUUUAACACUUCGUACAAUCCUUCAAAACAUUCGUACAAAUCCUUCAAAAUGCAAAAUUUUUACAUCACGAAUUUUAGUCCGCACAAGCUGCGCAAAAGUGGCGUCUGUUAAUGGUGUAAGCUAUACAAGUUCUCAAUAGAUACAUUUGUGCUUGUUUUCGGCUUUCUUUUAAAGUCAUGUAACAGGGCGCUUAUAUAUGUAAGCGCCCUGGAUGUAUUUUUAAAAUAUCCAUUCAGAACAAUUGCCAAAACACAUUAUAUUGCACGUAUAGUGUACACGUCUAGCCGUAUUCUUUUGUAAGUCUCGAUGAAUAAUUGAUAAGUUUGGAAGUAGUCAUAAGCGAUUUUUAACAAAAAACAGUAUAUUAGCUCGAUUAUAAGCGUAAAAAUGCUUGUUUUAAUUCCAACACUGUAUCAAAUGAUUAAACCUCAUCCAUUUUGUCUCGGG